UUUGCUGUGGAGGUUCAGUAUUAUACAUGUGGAUUUAAUUUAGCAAUCAAGCUACAUCUAUGUGAUGGCCUUUCCAGAACCCAAACCCAAGAAACCCGAGCUUCCCCAAAAAUUGCUUGGUACAUUAGAAUGUAAACAAGGAGCUAUAAGAGCAGUGAGAUUCAAUGUGGAUGGAAAUUACUGUCUCACCUGUGGCAGUGACAAAUCACUCAAGCUUUGGAACCCACACAAAGGGACUCUCCUCAAGACAUAUUGUGGCCAUGGCUAUGAAGUCCUAGAUGCUGCAGGGUCAUUUGAUAACAGCCAACUUUGUUCAUGUGGAGCAGACAAAACAGUCGUACUGUGGGAUGUUGCCACAGGCCAAGUAAUUCGCAAAUUCCGUGGCCAUGCAGGGAAGGUGAAUUGUGUCCAGUUCAAUGAGGAGGGCACUGUAAUUCUUUCAGGUUCCAUUGACUCCAGUCGUUGUUGGGACUGUCGUUCUCGCAGACCAGAUCCAGUCCAAAUCUUGGAUGAAGCCAAAGAUGGCAUCUCCAGUCUGAAAGUCUCAGACUAUGAAAUUCUUACAGGUUCUGUGGAUGGACGUGUCCGACGUUAUGACCUCCGUGCUGGAGAACUCUGCGCAGACUACAUUGGAAGUCCCAUUACCUGUGUAUGUUUCAGCAAGGAUGGGCAAUGCACACUAGCUGCUAGCUUGGAUUCUACACUGCGGUUGCUGGACAAGGAUACAGGCGAGCUACUAGGAGACUACACCGGCCACAAGAAUGUAACAUACAAGAUGGAUUGCUGUCUAAGUGAAAGAGACACACAUAUUGGGAGCUGCUCAGAAGAUGGAAAAGUCUAUUUCUGGGAUCUAGUUGAGGGCUCCCUUGUUCUGGCCUUGCCUGUGUGCAAUACUGCUGUCCAGUCACUGUCCUUCCCAGUUGAAACCUGCCUACUCACUGCUGCAGGGGGUCUUGUUCAGUGUUGGAGAGAAGAAUCUUACACAGCUGAGGAAGGUGUGCCUACAUGACUAACAUUGCCUUUGUGACUGCACUGAGCAAGACUGCAGAUACAGGAUGAUGGAUCUCUCUGGUGCAUUUCUCUUACAAUUUUAUUCUGAGUACAGUUAUAUGUACUUUGCUUUCAGGAGGAAGGAUGGAGCAUAAUUUGGACUGUGCUUCUUCUGUAGAGACAGCCUGACUGAAAGCUGCCCUUGAGCUUUCAUGGUUCAAAUGUUUCCUUGCUUUAAGUGACAGUAUUUUUAAAUUCAGCCUAUGUAUUACAGACAUUAGUCAAGUAAUCAGUUUAUUUUU